CGUCUGCCUGCAGUGGAAAGUACGAAGGAGGACGGUCACUGUGUCCACCACAUAAGGUCCUUGCGACUGAAAUACCAAGCUCGUUCCACUCUAAGGUGCAGUCGGAAUAUUCGCAACCUCCAUCAUGCAAAGGACUGUUCUUCCCCUCGGUUUACUCGAGUAUAGCCUUGCUCAUGUCCAAUCAAUAAAAUGGGGAUUUUCUUCGCGGAACUUACACCAGGCGGUAGCCCUUGCACCAUCUCCUCCGCCCCCAUUCGAGUCUGCUGAGGACAAAAGUGUGUUCUCUAGGCGGCGCGGACGCCGCAGAAAACCCAGCGCAUUGACGAUCAGGGACUCUGGGGCGUCAAUGUCUUCCUCUGUGUUCAAGCUACCCACAAAUUUUACAUCGCCAAUGUCCGAGCUUGAAGGGAGAGUCCUUGCGUUACAAAAUAUCCCAGUGCCUUUGGAUGCGAUAGACUCCCAGUCGUUGGAGGCAAGUCCGGGGCCAGAGUCCGCAGCUUUUCCUCGUUACACGGACGAAGAGUUAUUCUCAUUUUAUGAAGACUUGUUGGAAACAGCACCCACACAACAACCCGUAGAGGCUACGGAACCUUCUGAAGGAGACGGAGAUACACAGGCUAUCAUUGAAAUGAGACAGCGCGUCCGCAUUUGUAUGCAGCAGGGGGACUUGGGUAGCGCGGAAAGAGCAAUAGAGCUUAUGAAGCUUUCCGGUGACGCACCACCCGAGGAUAUUAUUAAUAUUGUGCUCGGACAUCAUGCGUUGCAGGGAAAUAUAGAGCGAUUCGAAGGUUGUAUGGCAAAUCUUCUAUCUGGCAAACCUUCCGAGACUCAACGAGACCUGCACAUCAAGUCAUACUUGCGCGACCCAGCUGUCUUUGCACCACGCGCAUUCCCCACCCGCGCAAUUGACCUUCUACACAAGUACGAGGCGUCUGGACUCCAUGCCCCCAUGAAGUCCUAUACACGCGUUAUCUCAUCACUAUUCUCCGUCCGCCCCUCUCCAUCAUCUCCUUCGGUAUCCUCCACACCGGAGGUACCAUUGGGAAGAUUGGCUGCACAUUCACAAGCUUGGGACCUUUUCGCACACAUGCGCUACGUUGCGCACCCGACCCCCGAUGUCCAUCUAUACUCACUGAUGAUCCGCGCCUGUGCUUCAGCUCCCUUAUCUCCUGAACCAGAACGCGCCCUGGACCUAUGGACUGAGAUGCUCGACGCGGGAAUUGUGCCGACCGAAGGGGCGUACGAUGCAGUGAUCCGCGCUUGUGCGAAGGCUGGAGGAGAAUGGGUAUCAGAGGCCAUCAGAGGGGUGCAACUAGGAAUCGUGGACAACGACGGGGCGAAUGUAGCACCAGCAGCCCUUUCAAAUCAAGAGGAACAGCGAGCAAGCACUACUGAAGGCUCAGACUUGCCUUCAGUGUCUGGAGAUGUUUCUCCCGACUCCAAUGCAGUUCCGACUGAUUUGUCGGACAUGGAUACCAUGCCCUCAUUUUCGCACCUCCCGCCCCAAUCACCAGGCGAAGUCCUUGCAGAGGCCAGGGCUCUUUUCGAUAGAAUUCUUCAAGAUACCAACUUGACCUCUCAUCCUCCGUCUGAUGUGCCUCCCGGCCCCCUCGCUGGCAAAUUCAAUAUCGCACUUACACCACGUCUCCUCAAUGCGUACAUACUCUUCUCUUCUGGUGAUAUUGGCCUCAUGGGCGAUUCACGAACUUACGUCGAUGCUCUCGAGAAGUGUGCACUUUCCAAGUCGCAUGAACGUGAAGUUGCAGGAAAAUGGGUUGAUGAGCUAUGGACGCGCUGGGAGGAGCUUGAGCACGGGUGGAUCAAUGGGGAUACAAAGACGACAGUGACUGCCAGGCUAGUAGAGAGAGCCCAUACUGCCGUCAGGAGAGUUCAUCUGUUAACUGGUAAUGUCGACCGUGCAAUUGCACUGGUCCGCACGUUCAUGUCACGGUAGACGCUCCUAGUCAAGAUG